UUUUAAUCUUACACAUAAUUUUUCAUAGACCUCUGGUUAACUUAACGUCCAUUGUUAUCUGAAAAUGGAGAGAAUUGAAGAAGAUGAAGAAAACAGUGCGUCCGAAGAGAGAAAAAGAAGAAAAGAAGUCAGCCUUUCAUGCAUGUUAAACACAGAACUCAGUGCAAUUCUCGCCGUGAUCCGCCGUCCCCAUGAUUCCACCUCUUUGCUUCAGCAAGAAGAUCACUACGACACCGCCAUUCUCAACUCUUUGAAAUCUUUACGAGCUCUGAUAUUCAAUCCUCAGCAAGAAUGGCGGACCAUAGACCCUUCUGUUUACAUCUCCCCGUUUCUUGAUGUUAUUCAGAGCGAUGAUAUUCCUGCCACUGCUACAAACGUUGCACUCUCUGCCAUUUCCAAGGUUCUCAAACUUCAGUUCUUUGAUGAGAAAACUCCCGGGGCUAAGGAUGCUAUUAACUCCAUUGUCACCGGCAUUACAAGCUGCCGGCUCGAACGUACCGAUCCCAUCACUGAAGAUGCCGUCAUGAUGAGGAUUCUGCAAGCUUUGACGUCCAUCAUUAAGCAUCGGGCUUCGAUCUUGCUCAGAGAUUAUGCUGUUUGUACAAUUGUUAAUACUUGUUUUCAAGUUGUUCAGCAAUCUACUAACAGGGCGGAUUUGCUUCAGCGGGGCGCGAAAUAUGCGAUGAGGGAGAUGAUUGAGAUUAUUUUCGCCAGGUUACAGGAUGUUGAGGUGAAAUCUGAGGAGGAUUCGGAAUCUGAUACGGAGGAUAUUGACAUUGGUAGCGGUAUGGACUCCGGAUAUGGAGUUCGUAGCGUUGUCGAUAUUUUUCAUUUCUUGUGCUCUCUGCUUAAUGUUGUUGAGAUUGUGGAAUCGGAAGGGGUUUCGUCUCAUACUACUGAUCAGAAUGUUCAGAUUUUCGGAUUGAUCUUGAUAAAUUCCGCGGUGGAGUUGAGCGGUGACGCAAUUGGAAAGCACCCGAAACUUUUGAGAAUGAUCCAAGAUGAUCUGUUUCAUCAUUUGAUUCAUUAUGGAAUAUCGUCCAGUCCUCUUGUGCUGUCCAUGAUCUGCAGUACUGUCUUGAAUAUCUAUCAUUCGCUUCGUAGAUACAUUCGUAUUCAACUCGAGGCGUUUUUCGGGUUUGUGUUGUUGAGAGCUGCAGCUGCGGGGAGCCCAAUUCAGCAGCAAGAAGUUGCACUUGAAGCAAUUAUAAAUUUCUGCAGGCAACCGAGUUUCAUAGUUGAAAUGUAUGUUAACUGUGACUGUGAUCCAACCUGUCGAAAUAUAUUCGAGGAAAUCGGGAAGUUGCUCUGCAAGCUCUCAUUUCCAGGGUCUAGUCCUUUGAACUGUGUGCAGAUUCAGGCAUUUGAAGGACUGCUCAUCAUAAUUCACAACAUUGCAGAUAAUAUUGAUAAAGAAGACGAUUUGACUCCUUCUGGACCGUACCCUGUCGAAAUUACAGAAUACAGGCCGUUUUGGGAAGAACAGCCAAAGGAAGAUUAUGAAACUUGGGUGGAAUAUUUGAGACUCAGGAAAGCACAGAAAAAGAAAGUGUUGAUUGCAGGUGACCAUUUUAACAGAGAUGAAAAGAAAGGUUUAGAGUAUCUCAGGCUUUGUCAAUUGGUUUCUGAUCCACCAGAUCCCAAAUCCAUAGCUAUUUUCUUCCGAUAUACACCAGGGCUCGACAAACCCUUGAUCGGGGAUUAUUUAGGCGAUCCUGACGAGUUUCACAUGCAGGUUCUUAAAGAAUUCACAGAAACUUUCAAGUUUUCUGGUAUGAUUCUUGAUACUGCUCUCCGUACUUAUCUUGCAACCUUCAGAUUGCCUGGUGAAUCCCAAAAGAUUCAGCGAAUUCUCGAAGCAUUCUCGGAGAGGUUUUAUGAUCAACAAUCAUCAGACAUUUUCGCAAGCAAAGAUGCAGUCUUUAUCCUCUGCUAUUCCCUUAUUAUGCUCAACACUGAUCAACACAAUCCCCAAGUCAAGAAAAAGAUGACAGAGGAGGAGUUCAUCAGGAAUAAUAGAGCAAUUAAUGGAGGCCAAGAUCUUCCUCGCGAUUAUCUAACCGAGCUUUUCCAAUCAAUUGCGAAUCACGCCAUCACACUUUUCGGUCAUUCUGGACCUGUGGAGUUGAACCCUGGCAGCUGGAUUGAACUAAUGAAUAGAUCCAAAGUUAUGCAGCCGUACAUCCUUGGUGAUUAUGAUCGUCGGUUAGGGAGAGAUAUGUUUGCCUGCAUCGCCGGUCCAUCAGUUGCAGCCAUUUCUUCAUUCUUUGAACAUGCCGAGGAAGACGAAAUGCUGCACGAAUGCAUAGGUGGAUUGAUCUCAAUUGCGAGGAUAACUCAGUAUCAACUCGAAGAUAUUCUCGACGAGCUUCUUGCUUCGUUCUCCAAGUUUACUACUUUGCUAAAUCCUUAUGCCUCUGCCGAAGAAACACUUUUUGCUUUCAGCAAUGAUUUGAAGCCAAGAAUGGCUACUCUUGCAGUUUUCACCAUUGCUAACAAUUUCGGAGAAUCGAUUAGAGGAGGGUGGAGGAACAUUGUAGACUGUUUGUUGAAACUCAAAAGGCUAAAGCUUCUUCCUCAGUCUGUUGUUGAAUUUGAUGAGACUGCUACAUCAGGAGCAGCUGAUGAUCCUGCAGGACACAAGAGAAAUGAAUCAAGCAUAUCACACUCGAAUGAUCCGAAAUUUGGGAAUCGCCGGAGUGCUGGCAUGAUUAGUCGGUUCUCGCAUUUUCUGACAUUGGAGAGCAUGGAAGAUUCAAUAUCUCUCGGGAUGAGUGAAUUCGAGCAGAAUCUCAAAGUCAUUAAACAAUGCCGAAUCGGCAGCAUCUUCAACAACAGUGCUAACUUACCUGAUGAAGCCUUACUGAACCUCGGGCGUUCCCUGAUAUUCGCAGCCGGCGGAAAAGGCCAAAAAUUCAGCACUCCAAUAGAAGAGGAAGAAACUGUUGGGUUUGCUUGGGAUCUAAUUGUUGCCAUUGCUAUGGUUAACAUGCAUAGAUUCCAGAACUAUUGGCCUUUAUUCAAUGAUUACUUUCUUGGAGUUGCUCAGUUUCCUCUAUUUUCCCCAGUCCCAUUUGCUGAAAAAGCCAUUCUUGGCCUUUUCAAGAUCUGCAUAAAGCUGCUUUCUUCACCCAGAGCUGAAAGACUCCCAGAAGAGCUUAUCUUCAAAUCUAUAAACUUUAUGUGGAAGCUCGAUAAAGAAAUUCUCGACACAUGUUGCGAGUCGAUAGCAAAGUCAUUGGCAAAGAUUCUCACUGAUUAUCCAGCAAAUUUGCAGACAUCUUUGGGAUGGAAAACAUGCCUUCACUUGUUGUCCGUCACCGGGCGACACCCGGAAACAUACGAACAGAGCGUUGAUACUUUGAUCAAAAUGUUGUCGGAAGGAACCCAUGUGUCACGAAUAAACUACGCCUAUUGUGUUGACUGUGCUUUCGGUUUUGUUGCACUAAAAAAUAGUCCAAUGGAGAAGAACAUGAAGAUGCUAGACCUUCUAGCAGAAUCAGUAAAUUUACUGAUACAAUGGUAUAAGGACUACAUAGAUUCAGGCAUCAAUUUCAGCGUUGCGAGCAGUACGAGUAAUUCCUCAUUGGAAGACAGCAAAGGUUUAGGUUCUCCAAAUUUUGCUAUUACUUUAUUUGUGAAAUUAGGUGAAGCAUUUCGAAAAACCAGUUUAGCACGACGAGAGGAGAUAAGAAACCAGGCAAUCUUAUCGCUUCAUAAAAGUUUUGCAUUGUCAGAAGAACUUGAUUUCUCACCACUCAACUGCAUUAGUUGUUUCAAUUUGGUAAUAUUCGCAAUGGUGGACGAUUUGCAUGAAAAGAUGGUCGAAUAUUCGAGACGGGAGAAUGCAGAACGAGAGAUGCGGGGUAUGGAAGGGACGCUAAAGCUUGCGAUGGAGCUGUUGACAGAAGUGUAUUUGAGGUUCCUAAAGCCAAUAUCAAUGAGUCCAGGGUUUAGGACAUUUUGGCUUGGAGUAUUGAGAAGAAUGGAUACAUGUAUGAAGGCUGAUUUGGGUGAGUAUGGGGAGACAAGAUUGCAAGGAAUAAUACCUCAUCUCUUGACACAAAUUAUUACAAAAAUGAAGGAAGAAGAAAUUUUAGUACCAAAAGAAGAUGAUGACUUGUGGGAUAUCACCUACAUUCAAAUUCAAUGGAUAGCUCCUUUUCUCAAAGAAGAAUUGUUUCCUGAAGCAGAAAUGUAGAAUCAAUAGUUAUAUCCUGUAAUUAAUGAUAGCAUAAAUUAAAUUUAUGUAUUUUUGGCUUAGACUUUGAGUAUGCAAAGAUUCUACGAACUUUUCGAGUUUUA